CCCAAAAUGUUGGAUGUGAAUCCUCAUUUGGAUCUGUAUAACUAUCAGUUCCGGGUCCAUGUGGAUGCAAUUGAGUCCGACCCGGUAACGUUCCUGCUCAUAGCGUCGCCGGUCUUUGGUGUGGACUGAAAUCCGGACAGACAUCGGUUGGUCGACCUCAUCGAGGGAGAAGGGAGUAUGGGCGGCGGCGGAGGGCACGGUGAGAGCACGACGUACAAGGGCUUCACCAUCCACCACCCCAAGCGGUGGCACGUCGUGACCGGGAAGGGCCUCUGCGCCAUCAUGUGGUUUUCGGUACUUUACAGGGCUAAGCAAGAUGGUCCAGUAGUAUUGGGUUGGCAUCAUCCUUGGGAAGGACAUGGUGACCACUCUCAUGACCAUGGGCAUGAACAUGAGGCGUCUCACUAGGGUCCUCAUUGAGGCUACAGAGGGAGUCCAGCUUGUUUCACUGGAGUGCUUACCGAAUAAAGUUGGGUGUGAGAUAUGGAUCUGAGAUAAAGAUAUCUUUGUCUCCUGUUUACUGACAACUCAUUUCAUUUGCUUUUAUUAUCUUCUUUAUAUGUGACAGGUUGAUUCUGAUAUAUUAAAUGAGUUUGACAACUCAUUUAAAGAGUCAUCCCUUCUUGUGGCAAAA